AUGUACCUUCUGAAUAAGAGGUUUGAAGUGAACCAUGUAGGAAGGAUAAGGAACAUAUCUUUAUUGGGAAUUCAUUACGGAAGGGGAGUUAAAAUAAGAUUGAAAAAUUUUACACAUUCAAAAAGCAUUUAUGAAUGGAGCACCUUUCACGAAAGUGUAAAACAAAGUGAUAAAGCACAAGGUGUAAGUUCCAACUUAACAUCGCCACCAAAGUUCCUACAUGAUGAAAUCCAUACCAGUAGUAAAUGUAAUGAAAAGCUUCGAGGUAUAUACUUUUCAAACAAUAUGGAUGAUAUGAAAAUUUUUUUUGAUAAUAAUUUAAACGAAAUAAAAAAUCAUGAAUAUGUUUAUUUGUUAUUUAAAAUAUAUGAAAUAAUAUUUCAUAAUUUUUAUAAAACGCAUGAAUUCUGUGAUAUUUUGAAGUUGGACAACCCGCACUUUAGAUACAUUACUCUUGAGCAAUAUAUAGAUGAGUGGGCACAGAAUCAUAGUCAAAGGAACUAUCGGAUGGGAAUAUCGAAUUUAGAGGAAAAUGAAAUUCUAUUUUUUGAAAAUGAUGAUGGAAAUGAUAUAUAUGAUGAACUAUUCGAGAGGAGCAGACAUAAUCCGAUCAGUGGAAUAAACCAUUUUUUGAGUAACGAUAUGUGUAUGAAGGAGUCUACUACAAACAAUAAUUACAAAAAUGCAGAAGAAGCAACACCGGGUGGAAAUGUAUCUCAGUGUGUAUAUAUAAAAGAAACUAACAAGGAAGAAAAAAUGAAGGAAAAUAUGUGCGUACAAGAUGAAACAGAAGACAUUGAUUAUUCUCAGAAUUCACAAUUAGACGGAACUGUUAAGUACCAUGCUAGCAGAUAUUAUGUACGCCACACUAUGCUUAGUACUCUAAUGGAGCUACAUCUUAACUAUAUACUAUAUAUAGAACAACUAAAUGUAAAGGAAAAUACGUGGAAGAGUUAUGCAUCUUCUUUUAUGAAAAAGAAAUACGAAGAAUUUUAUAGAGAUAUAUUGAAUAUAAUAAAUAAGAAAAUUUUUUUUUUUUCAUGUAAGGAUAUUAUUAACUACCUUUACAUCAUAAAAAGAAUCAACCUUUCAUCAGUAAAAGAAAUAAGCAUAUUAGGAGAAAAUAUAAUUUUACAAAAUAUAAAAUACCUUGAUGAGAACUAUUUAGUGAGGAUAGGUUAUAUAUAUUUGAAUAACUCUAACAAGAAGAAGCAUAUUCGUCAUAUCAAUCGAUACAAUAGUAAAAACUUCUUAGAAACUUAUAUAAACUUUGUCCAGAGUAAAAUAAAAUCAAUGAAUAAUGAAAAUUUUGUAAAAAUGCUAGAAUAUAUAAGUAAUAAUAAUUAUAAGCAUAUCCAAUUUUUUAGAGAAAUAAAAAGUGAAGUAUAUAAAAGGUAUAAUAAUUUCACAGAAGUACAAAUAAUGAAGUUAUUUUUUCUGUACUCCCAAAAUAUUAAUGCGGCUGACAAUGCUUUGAUGCAUAAUUUCGUGAAAGCCAUAGUAAAUAUGUUUUCACAUACAAAUUCACAAACUGAACAUACAUCCAUGACUUUGGCUCCAAGAGGGAAAUAUGAGUUGCAUGAUGAUAAGAAUAAUGAUGAUGGCAACACAGGUGAUAGAAAAAAUGAUAGGGAUCAGGUUGUCAUUCCCUUGUCAGUAUUGUUGAACGGUAUAUGGACGAGUGCCAAAUAUUUUAAGGAUUACCCAUUUUUGUUGAUAAAAAGCGAAAAAAACAUUUUGAAAAAUAUAAACAAUUUUAGCGCCAGCACUGUUAGCAUGCUCAUAUGGGCCUACAGCACAGUCGAAAAUAAAAACACAAAAUUGUGUUUUAGUAACGAUUUAUAUUUCCAGUUGAAAGAUAGAGCCAUGGAGUUGUAUCAAAAUAUGACUCCAAAACAGUUAUCAAAUAGUUUACUGGGGUUGGCAACAACUGUGGGAAGGACUGUGAGCAAUGAGAAUCGUGUAAAUACAGAAUUUCAUGAGGCUGUCGAGAAGUUCUUGUUACAAGGAGGGGGUAUUGUGAGCAAUAGCAAUGUUGAUGUCUCUGUAACUGAACGAACUAUUAAAAGAGAAAAAUACAAAAUAAACUCUUCAAAUGAGACAUUUUUGAAUAUGUUUUCAUCAGAAGAUUUGGCAAAUAUGUGCUAUGCAUAUUCAAUAGUUCGAAGUGGAAGCAAAGAAUUUCAUACUUUGAUCCAGUCAGCAAUAUUAAAUAAGAUGAAUGAUCUAUCCCCUCAGCAUAUUGCCAGAAUAGCAUAUACGUAUGGAAGUAUGUACUUUUAUGCAUCUUAUACCUUGUUAAGUGCAUUACAGUAUGAGAUUUUGCAAAGGAUACACCAAUUUUCACACUACGAAAUAAGUGAUAUUUUAUGGUGUUAUUGUGUUAAUAAGUUUUUUGAUGGAAAUUUUUGGAAAUGUAUGUUACGAGCUAUUGAUUUUGAAAAGGUAGGAGAUUCUCGCUGCUGUUUGUUAUAUUCUUGUCUGACGUAUGUCAAUCUGAUCGAUUCUUCAAUUCUCGAUUCCAGUAACACAUUGCGUGUUUUUCAUUUACUAAGUGAGCACUAUUGGCAAUUUCAGAGUUUGGAAUAUCUUGCAAAUUUUGCAGAUGAGGUGGUGAAUAUUAUAUGUAAGGAGAACGAUUUGAUAGGGGUAAAAAAAAAAAAAAAAAAAAAAAGAGAAACAAUGGAAGAAGCAAGGACAGAUGAACGGAGUGAAAUUUUCAAAUAUGUUAAAAAGUCAUAUGAUUAUGAAGGUUUUUUAAUUGACAUAUAUUUUGAAUAUAAGAAUAUAAACUAUGCAGUGUUUUUGUACAGUGCGCUGAAUACAACUUCCGAUGGGUAUCCCUUGGGUGAGAGUGUACUCAAGUCAAGAUACUUGAAGCGAAAGAAUUUCAAAACAGUUCAUUUACUUCACAGCAUAUGGAACGAGUGUCGUUCAAAUAGAAUUGAUUUACUGUAUGCGCAGUUGUGA